CAUGAAGAUAUUGUGUAGUUUAAUGCACAGACGUGCAUUACAUGCAUACAUGCGCGUAAGAAGGUCAGGGAGCCACAAACAGCAGAACGACUACUUAUAUCCACACUGAAUAAACAGAGGCAGACUAAAGUAAACAUCAUGGCUGACAAUUCAACAGGACAAGAAUGGGAACAGUACGUGGGACCCGGGGGCGAAGUCGUCACGGUGAUCAUGAUCUUCCUUCCAAUCCUUUUCGUUGUUGUUGCAACGCUAAUACCGCAUCCUCUACCUACAACAGUAUCUCUUCCUUUAUCUGCUCUGCUGAUGUACAUUGUACGUCUUGCGUACUUGGCAAGUGAUCCUAUCAAUACUACUGCAGCGUUGCUCUCCGGUAUUCCCGAGGUUAUGACCCCUGUCACCAUUGUGUGUGGUGCCAUCUACUUGUUCAACAUAAUGGAAGCCACAGGAUGUAUGCCGUGGAUCAUGCGCGAAUUGAAGAUUCUCUCUAAAGGCCAUCCAGUGGCAGAGUUCAUGUUGAUUGGUUACUGUUUCGCGUACCUAGUUGAAGGUGCCAGUGGUUUCGGAACCCCUGCUGCGCUUUCCGCUCCCAUGCUGGCUCAAUUGGGCCACAAUCCUACGCUGUGCGUGGUGGCGGUACUUUUGACCAACACCAUGGCCACGGUCUUCGGUGCAGUGGGUACACCCAUCUGGUACGGACUCGGGUCGGUGGUUGACACUUACUACCCAGGGGAAGAGGCUGCGACAUUGACUGAGAUUGGUUUCCAGGCUGGGUGCGCACUUUGCUUUGGAUCUCUUAUCCUCCCGUUGAUGGCAGCCAUGUACCUCAUCCCUUUCAAAGUCCUGUUCAAGAACAUAAUAUUCUUCUAUCUGAGUCUGAUGUCGGUUAUGGUUCCCAUGUUGUGCCUCUCCCUGUUCACGUACGAGUUCCCCACCAUCUUAGGCGGUAUCAUCGGUCUGUGUAUUACUGCGGUGAUGGUGACGUUUAAGCUGUUCUUGCCUGACGUUGACCCGGACAUGAUGGGUGAGGAAUGGCAAAUGAUGAACCAACGUGGCUGUCUGUGGGAGGAAUCUCAGGGCACAGCUGGCCAUGCAGAGUCAACCGUAGACUUCGCAACAGAAAAUGAGAGCAAGAAGGAUUUGGAAGGGGAUAUGGAGGAACACACGGACAGUCUCAGCGUUCAGAGCGAACAGAGGUCACGGCGCGAGUCUAUCAGGUCGGCAAUCGAAGCCACCACCGCCGCCGUGACCAUCACACACGCGGUGGAGUCCGCAUUCGACCCCGAAGCACAAGUAGACGAUGAGGGUAACAAACUGGAGGAUGAUAGUAUCAGUCGACCCAGUUUCAGCGACAUCGCUGUGGAUGGAGAUGAACAACCCGUCUACAAGCUCAAGCCCAGGGAAACCGGUGGCAAGUACGUCACCGCCUGCUUGCUGCGCACCUUCCCUCUCACCGGAACGGUUGUGCUGCUAAUCCUGACCCGUCUUCCGAUGUUGCCGCUCAAGGGCUGGUUGACUACCAACGAUCCCAAUGUGGGCGUUCAGCUGGGUACGCUGAUGUACUUCCAGAUCUCCGCGAGUCUGAAGAUGCUCUUCAACGACAUCCUCGGAGAUACAACCGUCAGCUCCAAGUACGAGACCCUGUAUGUGCCCGGUAUCCUUCCCUUCUUCGUCAUAUCAUGGAUCGCCUGUAUCAUGUUCUGGAAGGACAUGCGUGAAAUGCGCACCAAUCCGAUCAAGGAACUCGGCAUCCUUGGAAACCGUGUGGCCAGUGCUGCUAUUGCGCUGCUGGGAGGUCUGAUGCUGGUGGGUCUGAUCCGCAACGGAGGUUAUGGAUCCCCGGCAUACCUACUUGGUUCCAUUGUGAGUGGAUGGGUUGGUGGCUGGUGGUUCGUUCUGGCCCCCUUCCUGGGUGCCCUGGGCUCCUUCUUCUCUGGGUCCACCGCGGUGUCCUGUUUGACGUUCGGUGAGGUGCAGUACGUAGCGGCAGUCAAUUCAGGCUACAACCCAACCACGAUCUUGGCCAUGCAAGCCUUCGGUGCUUCUAUUGGAAAUGCCAUAUGUAUUAACAAUGUGAUUGCGGCGCGGACUGUGAUUGGGUUGACUGACGUUGGUGAGGGAGUCUUCAUCAAGAAGACCGGACCGGUUGCAUUCAUCACGAUAGUCUGGGUGACUGUGCUCAUGUAUUGCUGCUUCGUGCUUCCCGGAGAGUUCCACUUAGAUUUAUAAUUGUAUGGCAUCUAGGUUAUAGGUUUAGAUAAGAGAGUGGUACAGAAUAUAUACUGAAAUAUGACAGAGGCGUCUGCUCUGGUAAUAAUAAUAAAUGAUGCGAAGACAUG